AUGGAAAAACGCAAACCGGCGGGAUUGCUGGCCCUGCCGUCCCCACAUUGUACCGCUCCGCUGGGUGCGCUGCCCUGUAGGGAGCCCUGUAGGGUCCCCGCGAGCCACAGUGCCGCCGACUGCCCGGGAAGUCGGUUGUGCCGGUCCCUGCCGCCGGGGGGUGUGGGCGAGCCUUCCUUUCUGUGCCAACGCAACGAGCGCGAGCGGCAGCGAGUGCGCUGCGUGAAUGAAGGCUAUGCUCACCUUCGCCAGCACCUGCCACGCGAGCUGGCCGGCCAGCGGCUCAGCAAGGUGGAGACGCUGCGUGCCGCCAUCAGCUACAUCAAACACCUGCAGGAGCUGCUGAAAUGCCACAGGCCGGACUGCAACAGCGAUGGCGAGUCCAAAGCGUCCUCAGGGGCAUCGCCUUGCAGCGAGCCGGAGGAACACAGCUAG